GGGGGGAGGUUGUGUGCUUAGAAAACCUAUCACUGUUCAAGGACUCCUGCUAUAUUACUCCCUGACUGGAAUGCUGAAUAUUAGAUGCAUGUGAAGGAGAAUCAUUGAACGAUGGACUACACUCGUCAUGCCGAUGUGUGGGAGCAUCCAGCUCCUCAGCCCUGGACAGUUUGAUCCAGAACCUCUAACUGGACGUCUGCAUUCCCCAUAGUCAGGUGACUGACCUGGGCUUUGAACACAUGGCUCUUAGAGCUCUCUGAUCCUGCACUGUAUUUCUGUACUUCACUGGUCCGGUCAUGGAGGAGCUGCAGGAAGGUGUGAUGAUGAUGAUGAAGAACCCUCAGGGUGGUAUGAUGCUCCCGCUGCACACCGGAGACCAGAAUGGAAACGCUUUCUCUCAGACCUCCUCCUCAUCGUGUACCGAGUCGCCUUCGUCCUCCAGACGUGGCGAAGCGUCUCCAGACUCUACCCGGAGUUUAAGCAGCCUGAGCAGUGGACGUGUGGACAGUCCUCUGGACGUGGACAUGCCAGAGGGAGACGUGGGGAAGAAAACAGGCACGGAAGGCGUGAAUGGCCACCCAGACACGCCCGAACAAAACGCCACGCAAAGACAAGACUGCUCAGAGUCUGUCGACAAUGAGAACGACAAAUCUGUCUCUGUCUACCUGGACGCCACUGACGACGGCUGGAACGAAAACAUCACCCUGGUCAUUACCGAGCUUCAGAGACAGGACGGUAACCAUGGUGAUGUUGAUGUGGACAGCCACGGUAACGUACGUGUGUACGAGGUGAGCUGGUCACAGAGCUUAGACGGCUCUCAGAAAACCGAGGCUCCCCUGUGCUCCUCGGAGAACGACGAUGACAAAGACGGGGCGGAGGAGGAGGAGGACUCGUUCUUGUCCGUGAGCUCCGGAGAGGUGGCGACGAGGAGCGACAACGGGAGUCCGACCGAGUCAGAGCGAGCCGUUAGCAGUGACUCGGCUCUGGGAGAGCCAGCUACCCCCAGGCUCGACCUCCCUCCCACUGCCUCGGUGGACACGUGUGAGGCUCUGUCAGAGAAGGCAGGGACGCAGAGCUCCGACAGGGGGCCUGAGACGGGCCCUGUGGACGAGCUCCACGAGGAGGCUGUGGAGUUGCCUACCAAGGAAGGACCGGCGGAGCUGUCUUCAUCCCCCAUUGUCCUGGAGAUGAUUUCGAGUGAGAGCGAGGUAGUUCCCGAUCUUGAAGGUCACCGUGAAGUUGCCCAAGCUUUUUCGUCCCCACACGAUUCCAAAAACACACCCCUCCGUGCCCACUCACUCACCAACUCACCGUCCCAUCGCGGAAGUGGUCAAAGACUCAACACACAAAAGACCAAAGAGCAACCAGCUGUGUCUAAUGCAAAGCUUAACACAAAGACCUCCUCCCCAAAGUCCACUAAACCUGAAAUCAAGAGGUUCCCCAGACCUGACCUGAGGAAUGUGAAGGCCAGGAUCAUCUCCAGACCCACCUCUGCACCAAGAUUAGCCAAUCCAGCGCAGGGAGACUCCAACGAAGGAAAACAGCUUCUUGCUGUAGCACGUUUGAAGAAGGAGGAGAACCAAGAUGGGGGAAAGAGACAGAGAUCGUCCUCUGUCCAAGCCAGAAUGGCUGCCGUUAAACCCUCCGCGGGUCAUGUUCCUGACCCGAAAGUCAAAGACCAUCAGCAGGAAGAAGGAAAGAAAGCCCUGCUGAACAACAGUACCUGCCAGAGUUCAGAGACGACCCCAGAGGUCAGCCAGGAACGCCGCCCCAAACUUCAUCCCACCGUCUCAGAGGACAAGGAGAGCGUGAAGGAGACAGGAGGAGCCGCUGAAGGCACAAAGCACCUCCUCAAUGGACGACCUACAGCUGAGGAGACUCACAAAAGCAACAUCCAGACAGUCUCCUCAAAGCUCGGCUCCCCAGCCACCCCUGCUGCCGGACCUCCCGCUCCUGCUCCUGCUCCCUCUCCGGCUCCAGCCUCCAAACCCAAGCCUCCAGGCAGAGAGUGGCGUCCAGCGGGGAGUCUGUCCCCUCCAAGGGGCCAAGUGGGCAUUCCUAAGGCACGUUUAACGGACAGGUCUGCAGUGACUGUUGGCUCCGCCCCCUCCAAUAAGACCCCUCAGAUCUCCACAGCCUCACGCAUCGUCAGCGCUUCCAAACUGCCAAUCAAAGGCUUGGUCAGCAGCCUCAGCUCCUCCUCAGUGGGCAGUAACUCCAGCGAGACCAAUACCAGCGCUGCAGCCAACAGAGUUGCUGCUGCAGCAGUGAAGAGUGAGGAGAGGCCCAGUCGACCUGGUCCACAGGUUCAGGGCAAACCCCCUGUCAGCAAAGUCAUAUCAUCACGAGGCAGAGUUACCUCUAUCCCCACAGCCAAGAGCGCUGCUACCGGCCUGAAGAACCCUGCGACGUCAAACCAGGUGUCUUCCAAACCGACCCAGAAUCCUUUGCAGAGGAGUGGCUCUGCACGGCUAAACCGCCAGUCUGCAGUCUCAGUUGACAAGAACAAACCCAGACCUGCGGCAGGGGGGACGUCUCCGGGGCCGCGGUCGCAGCCAUGCCAGGCCGGGGGGCAGGGAGAGGGGGUGACCGGGGAGGACCAGCCCCUCAGCACUGCCCAGUAUCGCCAGCAGAGCGAGAAAAAGAGCCAACACAUCCUUCAGCUCCGCAAACUCCUCACCACAGGAAACAGACACAUGGAGGCGCUAGCCCUGGUCAUCCAGCACCUCUUCACCGAGAGAGAAGACGCCCUCAAACAGAAACAGGAACUUUCUGGCCAGCUGAGUAGUCUGCGAGAAGAACUUGGUAAAUCGUUAACAUGCUGUGAGCGUCUGGAGAAGGAGAAAGAGGAGGUGCAGGUGGCGUUUGAGGCGGUGCUGCAGAAGCUGCAGGAGCAGCAUCAGGAGGAGCUGGUGCAGCUGGAGGAGCGGCUGAAGGAGUUUUACUCUGCGGAGUGGGAGAAGACUCAUCAGAUGUACCAGGAGGAGGCAGACAGAUGCAGAGCUCUCAUGCAGCAGCAGGUGGAGGAGGUGAGGAGCAAACAGGAGGCUCUGAGGAGAGAGCAGGAGGAGAGCCACACACAGCAGGUGGAGUCACUCAGACAGAGUUAUGAGAGCUCUGUAGCAGACCUCAUAAAGAACCACGAGCAGGAACUGCAGAACCUGGACAAAACGCUCAAAGAGUCGGAGACCUCGCUCAACGAAAAGAUCGAACAGCUCACAACAGAGAACAGUGCCCUGAGCGAAAAGCUGAAAGCAGAGGAAGAGAGGAGAAAAAUAUUGGCGGAGACAAGUCAGAAGGACUCUCACACACUGUAUUUGGAACAAGAGCUGGAGAGUCUGAAGGUUGUGCUGGAGAUUAAGACCAACCAGCUCCACCAGCAAGAGAGGAAACUUAUGCAGAUGGACAAACUGGUGGAGACCAAUGUGAAGCUGGAGGAGAGUUUAAAGAAGGUGCAACAGGAGAAUGAGGACUACAAGGCCAGGAUGGACAAACAUGCAGCUCUGUCAAAGCAGCUGUCCACAGAGCAGGCCCUGCUGCAGCAAACCUUACAGAAGGAGUCCAAAGUCAACAAACGUCUCUCUAUGGAGAACGAAGAGUUGCUAUGGAAACUGCACAAUUGUGACUUGAGCAGCCCGCGACGUGUCUCUCCCUCCUCGCCGUUCGCCUCACCGCGAAACUCCGCCUCCUUUUCCAGUGCGCCCCUCUCACCCAGAUAACCCUGGACCCCCCCUGCCCUGCCCCACUCCCCCCAAAAAAACAUUCCCCUCUCCAAAGUAUGGACGGACCUCUUUUUGAAGGCCUAUCCACUGAGGACUUGUACUGUUUAAUCUGUAUAGACUCGACCUCCCCCACAUAAAAACAAAGAAAAGACAAUGUGGCACACAUGCACUUCCUGGAGCAAGAGAACACCACUCUGUUCCGUUUGGUCUCUCACCUUUCGCUCACACUCGUCUAUUGGAGGAGAGGAAGAACAGCAAACCAAACCUCAGGGUCUGUACAUAGCAUCACAACACUUCAUGCUCUGGUUUUGGUUUUGUUUUGUUGUUUUUUUUAGGUUUUUUUUGCUAUUGUUUCUGUUUAGUCCCCUCAGUGUUCAUUUUACUUUGAGCUAUUUUUGGUUUUACUCUGUUUAGUUCUUCUGAGAGCAGUUUUUUUUUUUUUUGUGCGUGGGUGUGUGUCACUUCAAACACACUGAAAUGUGGAAUUCUCCCUUUUUUCGCCUGCUGGACAAACAAAAGACUUCACAAAAACAAUGGUCCUUUUUAUUUUUAUUUGGAGAAUCCAAAAAAGAAUUUUGCAUUGAGGAAAUUUGUGUUUUGAAUGAUGAAAUGUGUGUGUUGUUCAGGAGAGCAGAGUGAAGCAUAAAACUGCUCCUUCUGCACCCCAGGUAUUGUGUGUUUCCUUAUACAGACAGCAUUAGAGGAGUUUAACUCUCCGUAGUCUGAUCCAAAUCUACAACAUUUCUUACCAAAUCUUGCUACCGCAGAAUGUACAAUUUCCCCUCGGAAAUUUCCACAAACCCAGAACACUGUGUGGAGGGAGUAUCCCCCUUCUCCCCACCUCAUCUGACCUGCGCAUCUGAUUUACAUUUGUCCUGACUUUAAUAAAAACCACG